AAAUCAAAACAUUUUGAAAAUAUUUUCUACAUUCUUCUUCAAUGCGCUUCUUCAGCUUCACUUUGAAGAAAAGAGAAGAGAAAAUGCUGCAGAUCUUUUAUGAUUCACAAGAUUUCUUCCUUCUUAAGGAACAUGAAAAAUCGGGUCCUAAGAAAGGUGUUAUCAGCCAGUCUGUGAAAGACGUUAUCCAAUCAUUGGUGGACGAUGAUCUUGUGUUUAAAGACAAGAUAGGGACUUCGGUAUAUUUUUGGAGUCUGCCUAACUGUGCUGCGAACCAGCUGAGAACUGUAUAUAGAAAGCUUGAGACUGAUCUCCAGACCAAUAAAAAGCGGCACACUGAACUUGUUGAACAAUGCAAUGCUUUGAAAAAGGGACAUGAAGAAUCCGAUGCACAAGAAGAGGCCUUGAAUGAGCUGAAAGCUAUUGAACAGAAACAUAGGGAACAACUGUAGGUUGAGGCGUGCCUUUUGAUUACGGAAUUAAUAUGAUAUUUAGAUGAAUAUGAUUUAGCAUUUUUAUUCUUAAAAAAAUAAAAAAACUAAGGUGAGAUAUUCUUAUUCAGGAAGAGUUGGCACAUUAUGCAGAUAAUAAUCCUGUUACUAUUGAAGCAAGAAGGCAAUUGAAGUUGCCCAUUCAGCAGCUAAUAGAUGGACAUAUAACAUCUUCACAUUGAGACAAUGGUGUUCCAGUAACUUUCCCCAAGCAAAAGAGCAACUUGAUCACCUAUACAAAGAGGUAAGAAGCAAAAUCCAUCAUAAAGAAUUGUGAACUGCUCUAGAUCACACCCCACUUGGGUCAAUCAUAAGAGGUUUAGAGUGUUAAAGAGACUUCGCCAUAUUUCAUAUAGACUCAGCGACCGUUAUGCCUCUUGACUUUAAAAUACACCAUAUGUCUCUCCACCUUAUUGACUAAUGUAAGACCAUUAGGCAUUUUGAAAACAAAUAGCGAAACAAAAUUAGAUCAACUCAUUUUACUUGUAAAAGGGAGUUUUCCCCUACAAAGUUUUACAUUGACCAUUUAGCCUUCAAUGGUGGUUCUAGUGGUAACGAUUGAUGUUAGUGAUUAGUAUUGUUGGUGGUAAUUGUUGUGAUGGCUGGUAUUGUAGUGACUGUUAUAUUGGUGACAAUUGAUAGUGAUGGUGAUGGUGGUGGUUGUGAUGUGAAGUUGGUUGAUGCUAGUAGAGAUUAGUAUGUUUGUCAGUGAUAGUGGAGAUGUUUUGUAAUGGUGGUUGCGGUGGCAAUGAUUCAUGUUAGUGAUUAGUAAUAUU